UGCCGCUGUGGUGAGACAUUUUCUCCGCGCUCUCUUUGUCCACCGGCCCUACGUUGGACGGCCGCGCCGCUUGUGAAGGGGGCCGCUCGGCGACUGCUGUUCCUUCAAGGUCUAUCCCGAGUUGGCGGAAUACGUAAAUUGUUCGACACCCUCUCCUUCAUCACCCCGAUCAAAAGAGAACCACCACCGCUGCUGCUGUACGGCGGAUCUCCCGCGCCAGAAGUACACCCCGGACAGCAGUAGUCGAGACGGGUCGUUACGGCGGCUCUGGGCCCAACUCCUGCAGGGAAGGCAUUGGGGUUAUCAACAGCUGGAGGCGGUCGUACUGGGUCUUUUACUCGGAGAGAUUUGCGGAGCGCUCUGCCCAUCACACAAAGAGCGUCUCUAAACUCUAAACUCUUGUGGAUCAACUUGCGUUUGAAAUAUGCGCAUGAUGGCGAGGGUGGUCAUCGCGCUAGGGGUGGUCCUGCUCAUAUCAUGCCUGGGGACCUUUAGGGUAUGGCCGGGGCUUCGACGCCACCAUGCAGGCUGGACAGGACCACUCGCAGGUCCCGUGCCCACACCGGCCCCGACUAUUCCCCCAUUCUCGUUCGAAUACCCGGCGGUGGUAGAGAAGAAGACGUUCAGCUCCCAGUUGCGGGUCAUGUUCCUCGUGGGAUUGGAAGGCACGGGCCACCACUACUUCUUGAACGUCUUCGACGACUUGUGCGCGACGGCCGCGGUGCCGUGCGCCAAGGCGUGCCCUGUCGCAAAGGCCCUCUACCCCAGCCUUGCCACGCCCCUCACGAAGGAGGACUACGAGAGAGCGCGUCGAGUGCUCCGGAGAGAACUGGAGAACCUGGCCACCUACCCCGCGGAAUUCAUGACGGAAGGGCAGGCGACCAUCGCUCAAUUCGUGACGUGCAACACGAAGUCCGGGAUGAUGUCGUUCCCGAACUUCAACGGCAAAGACAAAGCCCUCCAGUACGUGGACUUCCGGCUGCUGGCGGAGGAGGCCGAGAGAGCCGGCGUCGACGUCCGAUUCGUGUACCUCGCCCGAUCGGCCAGGAGCAUCAUCAUCUCGGACACGCAACACAAACACUAUGGGGGGACGUUCAUGAGGGAAUCCCGAGCUCUCAUCAACAACGCGGCCGUGGUAGAGUCCACCUUCCAGGAGCUGGGCCCGGGCUUCGCCACCUGCUUCCGGUACGAGAGCAUGUCCGACCCGGAGCAGGCGCACCGCGUGGCGCGCUUUGUCGCGCCCAAUGACGACACGGCGCAGCACCUCGAGGAGAAGAUGCUCGAGAACGUCAAGCCGGGGUCGGCUUCGCCGCGGCCGGGGUCGAAGCCGUCCAAGCCGGCGUUGGAGUGGACAAACCAACAGGGACGGCUUCCAAAUGGCGCAAUGAACUAUCACCCGAAAGAUCCUAGGUACGGUCCGCAUCGCGCGAAGUACGACGGGAAUCAGUUUCUUAAGGCGGGUACCGCGGAGCAGGCGGCGGAGCUGGAGGCCGCGGCAGCGGAGGCGGCGGCGGAAGCGAAAAAGGCAAUCGAGGCGGAAAGGGCGAAAGAAAGGGCCAGAGACAGAGACAGCUGGGACUUGUCGUUCGAGCUCGUGGUCGCGCGGCUCCAGCAGAAGCUGGAUAAAAUCGAGGAGGUCGUGUGCACAACGACAGCGACGACGAUGGGCAUGAGCGACGGCUCCGCAUGACGCUAUCGUUGGUGGAGCGCACAAUGUGCGUUUUAUCUGCGUGCCCCCCACCCGACGAAGAAGGUUGUCGACCUGGGGGCUCCGUGACGUGUCGAUGGAGAUGAUCGGUGGGGUAGGGUUGAGGCAUGAUGUGCUCGUUGCCGUCAGAUUGGAUCGAUAUGAAUCUCAAACUCCUGGCUUUUGUCGCCCGUGUAUGCGCACGACGCAUUCGGCCGCAACGAGAGAGGUGCUGUAGGGAGGCGUACUAAAUAAUUCGCCUCGUUGUUUGCGAGGGUAGGGUAGGGGGCUGGUUGGGAAUGGAAAGCUAAAGUAUUCGCCCCCGUGCGUAUUUGGCCUUUUGCGGGGAACCUCCUGCCUGCCCCUCGGGUGAUUGACGAAGCGCUGCUGACCACAUAAUCAAAAAUGAUAAACGAUUCUAUUUCGACAGAAACUCCUUUGAGGCUACAAUUGUACCCCGGGUGUUAGGGGGAUAGGGGGGUGGGAGGAUACUGCGUUUGUCAUUACGGAAAAAGUGGGAUAUGGCUUCUUGUGAAAUUGUUUCCGUGGGGUGGGCGACGGUAAGUUAGUUGUACGUGCGGGCGCGUGUUGUGUGCGCAGGAGCGCGCGGGGGUGCAAUGUUUUUUAUUGUCUUGUUCUUGUCCUUUUUUGGUGUUACCUAUUUUUGUACCAGCGUCAUGUGGUAUCCGGUGGCAAUGGCGAAUUGUGUCUUUCGUGGUGCCAGCGUCGAGCCAAAUCCAGUGAAUGGGCGAAUUGCGUGCCUGUUUGCUUUUCAUCAUACCCCCUAGGAGCGCGUUCGUUCCCGUGGGCGUGAACCCAUUUUGAUACCCCGCGGGUACGAGUUUUCGUAAGAAAUUCCGAAGAAAACUCUUAAGAAAAAUCUUCGAAACCGUCGAGGGGCUCUUCCUUGCUGUUUAUACGCACGAGAGUACACGAGUGUCCGUUGGUCAUACGACGAGAUUGUCGUACGAUUGGGAUUGUUUGUCGCUCUGGAAUCGACGGCGCCGUGGCUCUCAGUGUAGGACCCAAACUGGGUGCGGUCACGGAAGGGUCAUUCCUUCAGGGGGAUUUUUAUUCCCUCAUUCUGUAGAGGAAGGCUUUUUCCCCUCACCUGGAAAUGUCAACGUGUCUGUUUUCUUUUUUGUGAAUGUAAGGAAUUUUCGCCAGCAUUGUUCACGCGUAAUGGGGAGGACCCUCGUCGUUUGAAUAGCCCCCCGGGUGGUUUCGACGAAGAAUGGGGCAUUGGGCGGAAACAACGAGGCGCAGAGUUGGAGUAAGCAGAGGGAGCGCGAAGCCGCCACCACCCAGAACCCGGUCUUCCAAGUCCAAAUACAAGGGAAACGUAGGCGUUUCGGCCGGUUUGCGCCCGAAAGAAAAGUUUGCCGUCGUUGUUGGUGCUCCCCGUUUUCCUCGAUAGGGCACGGGGGCGGGAGUAGCAGCGUGACUAGGAAUGUUGAAAGUGAUGUUGCCAUCAUCCGUUCCUUGGUGAAAAGGAGUAAUGGCUUCCUUGUUGAGAAGAAGCAAUGACGAGGAAAGGUAGAGAGACAGGGGCGUAUGUGCACGGAAUCAACAUCAUUCGAGCGAUUCUCUCGGGCGAAUUGGUAUGCGGUGUCGAUGGUGUUCCGCAGAGACCACUUCGGACCUCGGGAAGAGUAACAUUGGGUGCUGCCGUUCCUAGUAGUGUAGUUGCUCUUCCUUGCCUUUGCCACCGCGCAUCGGGGGGAUUGUUUGUCAGCUGUACUACUGCCAGGGGUAGCCUUCUGACCGUGAACGACAUCAACAGUGUCUAUCGCAGACACCUUUUGUGUAGGACACCCGUGCGUACUAAAUAGUAGGCCGGGGCAACAAUGCCAAGGUACAAGACAAAGGAGCCCGUAAUCAGUAAGCCGGGGUUCUUUUUUCGCGAGGAAGAUUGGGGAGGAGACACAGCCCAGCGGUAGUCAUGAGUGUGUAUCCCGGUGUCGUAGCAACUGCCACUACAGUAACGUGGUGCCUGUGUGUUGGCACCGUCAGGUCGUUUUGGACGGGAUACUCACUUCCCAAGAAAAGGUCGUACGUGGUGUGGCAACGGAGGUGGUCUGAUGUGGAACCUCGGCACGGCUUGUCGUCUCUAACGUGGAAGCCGUUUUUUUUGUUGUUAAAUGGUUUUGUAUGAUUAUUGCAACGUGGCUUGGGGGUAGCCCUGUGAACACGCAAGGCGGAACACUGCCGGGUGCAGCACUCCUAAAUUAGAAGUACGCUGUGUGACACGACAGCAGCUGGAAAGGAGCUGGUCUGUAGGGCGUUCGUUCGUGCGUUAGUUCGUUCUGGUGGCGGCGCAUGCUCUGAAUCGCACAUGAGGAACAACAGAAGCAUACAAUCGUGAAAAGAGGGAAUCGUCCUCAACAUUCAAUCGAGAGUGUACC